AUGGGCCACGGACCUUCGGUGGAAUCAUCCUCGUCUUCAUCUUCGACUAAAGAGUCAUGGUGGAAGGAAACUUGGAAAAGCACCAUAAAGUCGGCCGGUUGGACGACGAAGUCUACGAGUACCUCUGCCCCGGAAGAUGAUAUCUUCGUACCGAUCGCGAAGGACAAUAUUCUCUCUCAGAUACCGAUUGGCAGACAUCACCCUGUUAAAAAACUAGGGAUCGAAGACAGUGACACGAGAACUAUACAAACCAAUAAAUUCUAUGCCAAUUUCUUCCUCGGGGGCCAGAACCAGCCAGUGUGGACGCAUCCGUAUGUAAUUUGGUGGACAAAAGGUGUGGCUAAAGUAAGCGCUAAAGAACCUGAUAUGACGAGCUGGGGGAUAGGUAUCGACCAGACCGAUGGUGAUGCGGUUGAAUUCCCACCAGGAGAGCAAACUCCUGUCAAGUACUAUUCGAACCCCCUUUACCACGAUUCCCUUAUCCUGUCCGCCCAGGAAUUAGGUCCCGAGACGAUCCUGACAACAGACACUCUUCUCCCUUUCUCUGUCAAUGUCAAUCUCCUUGCUAAGAAGGACGAUUUGGAGCCGACUCUGACUAUCCCUUGCGUGCAGGGUAUGGCUUUCGUUACUGGCGGAUACAGGAACGCGACCCCACUUAUACAGAGUGGCAUUAAAUUCAGGUCUAUGAGCAAACCGAUCAAGGUCGACAAGUCAGUAAAGUACCGCGUGGUAACAUUGGAUGGAAAGACUUGGUUAAUCUACGUCAACCCCGUCCCAACUGCCCAGUACGAUGCCACAGCCUUCAGAGUCAUCGACAGUCAGAACUUCGUCGGCCCCCCCAACUUCAAGGGUACCAUCCAGAUUGCAAAGAACCCGAUCAGCGACGACGGUGAAGCCAUUUACAGCAAGGCUGUUGGUAGCUUCGUCACAGAAGCGACUCUAACCGGUUCUGCCAACAACGGCGUCGGUACCUACACCAUCAGCUACACCAAGAUUGGCAAAGCCCCCUUGCUCAUAUUCGCCCUACCUCACCACAUUCAAUCCCUAUCCCCAGACCUCCAAUCCUCAAUCACCAAGCUCCAACUCCGAACAACAACAAAGGGCAUGGCCACCGCGCUCUUCACCGAAAAUCUCACAAUGCUCGAGCCAAACCUCCCAACAAACAUGACCUUCGCACCAUGGGCACCUGGCAUCACUUCCGCUAAAAUCCUGUACUCCCCCAAAGCCAUCGAAGCCAUCACCUACACCGCAGACCGCGAUAUCCGGAUCGCCAUAUCCGAAACGCCAGACUCCGAGAGUUUCUACUACGCGGGAAAAUCGCUAGCGAAGCUCGCGACACUAGGCUGGGUUGUUAAAGAUGUGCUCAACAACCCUACUCUUGUCUCCCUAGCCCUCACAAAGCUCAAAGAAGAGUUUCAAGUCUACGUUCAAAACAAGCAGAAAUACAUGUUGUUCUAUGACGAUGACUGGAAAGGCAUUGUCUCCAGCGCCGGCUUCACCAACAGCCCAGGUGCCGAUUUCGGAAAUACAUAUUACAACGACCACCAUUUCCAUUGGGGAUAUUUCGUGUACACAGCUGCUGUUAUUGGGUAUCUCGACCCGGACUGGCUCAACCAAGGCGACAGUAGAGCCUGGGUUAAUAUGCUGGUGAAGGAUUUCGCCGAGAGUGAUAAGCAAGGCAGAGACUACCCGUUUUCAAGAAGCUUUGACUGGUGGGCGGGCCAUUCAUGGGCGAAGGGGUUACUUGAGAGUGCAGAUGGGAAGGAUGAGGAGAGUAGUAGUGAGGAUGGGUUUGCGAGUUUUGCGGUGAAGAUGUGGGGGAGGACGAGUGGAAAUGUGAUGAUGGAGAAAAGAGGCAAUCUCAUGCUCGCUAUCCAAGCCCGCUCUUUUUCAAAUUACUUCUACAUGCUGGACAACAACACAAACGCCCCGCCACAAUUCAUCGGCAACAAAAUCAGCGGAGUUUUCUUCGAUAAUAAAGUAGACCAUACGACCUACUUCGGCCCAGACUCCUACCUAAUCUCCUCCAUUCACAUCCUCCCAAUCUCACCCGCAACCUCCUAUCUUCGUUCUAAAGCCUUCGUGCGCGAAGAAUGGGACCGUUUCUUCUCCGACAACCGGGCGCUCCAAGUACCUGGUGGGUGGCGCGGGAUCUUGAUGGCAAACCUUGCGAUCAUAGAUGCGAAGACGGCGUGGGGAUUUUUCAAGGAUGGGGUCAUGGGGAGUUGGGACGAUAGAUGGAUUGAUGGUGGCGCCAGUAGGACAUGGUAUCUUGUUUGGUGUGCGGGGUUAGGGGGAGCGCCGCGGUGAGGUGAAGGGAAGGGUCGAUGAGAAUACCGGAUGAAGCUGGAGGGAGAGAGGUAGAUGUGGGUAGAAGAUGGUUGGAUGUCCAGCACUUGAUUGUCAAGGCUUAGAUACCUAUGAUCACUGAAUGAAUUGCUCUCCACGAACCCUUCUCAUACCACGAGCACUAGAUUUACAAUUUCCUUGCUACCGAUG